AUGACACGACACAAUAUCAGCAUCAAAUUCUUCCGAGGCGCGCUCCAGAUCAUGUGUACAUCCCAGAACGCGACGUCUGUGGCGAAGAAGGCGCGUGGUGCUCACAUCGGCACACGCCUCCUGCCCACCAAGGACAAAGACCCCCAGCUGGGAUUUCGAAUGGACUGCGGGUCCGUCGACAAGGACGGGAAGCUCAUCCAGAUCAAGAUGCAAGCCAACAAGAACGCCAACGAGCCCAGCGUCAGCAGGGCCGCCAACUUGGUACACGAUGUUGCCAUAGCGGUUUGGGAUACCGAGAAGGACCCGGAUAUGGUCCAGCUUCAAGUUGAUCUUGAGGAAUCGUUCGAGGAGAUUAGGGAAGCGCCGAAGGGGCAGAGGAAGCGGUCGGGCUCACAGAGCAGUCAAGGUAAGGAUAGUCCAUCGAGGUCCAAGAGCAAGAGUCCAGUCCGCAGCCGAAGCAAGAGCCCUACAGGCGGCAAAGGAGGCUCCAAAGGCGGCUAG